CACAAACCCCAGUUUGGGAAAUUCUAUGCUGAAGAACGAGUUUGAGUUUGAGUAUCAGACUAAAGUCGACGGCGAGAUCCUUCUGCACCUGUACGAGCGCUUUGGAAUCGAGAAGAUGGCCUCCAUGCUGGAUGGUGUAUUUGCCUUCAUCUUGUUGGACACGGCUAACAGGAAGGUUCUCUUGGGCAGAGACACAUACGGCGUGAGACCGCUGUUCAGACUGCUCACCGACGACGGCUUUCUAGCCGUCUGUUCUGAGGCCAAAGGUUUGCUAGACCUCAAAACCUCCAUGUCCACUCCUGCAAAGAUCACGGCCUUCCUACCGGGGCACUUUGAGGUGUUUGACUUGAAGCUCACUGGAAAAGUGGAGUCUGUUCAGAUGGAUCGCUUCCACUGCUGCACAGAAGAACCCAAACACGCCGCCUAUAACAUCCUGGAGGGUCUUGGCACAGGCUUUGAACUGGAGACGGUCAAGAGCAACAUUAGGAUCCUGUUUGAAAGUGCAGUAAAGAAACGCUUGAUGGCUCACAGAAGAAUCGGUUGCCUCCUCUCAGGUGGUCUCGAUUCAAGUCUGGUUGCUGCUACGCUAGUGAAACUGGCCAAAGAAGAGCAGCUCCCGUAUCCCAUUCAGACAUUUUCCAUCGGUGCAGAAGACAGCCCAGAUGUUGCUGCUGCUCGCAAGGUGGCAGCACACAUUGGCAGUGAACACCAUGAAGUGAACUUCACACCUGAGGAGGGGAUCUGUGCGCUGGAGGAAGUCAUCGUUCACUUGGAGAGUUAUGAUAUUACCACUGUGCGUGCCUCUGUCGGUGACAGAUAUGUUAUGCCUAGUGUUGUGUGGCAGGUGGCAGCACACAUUGGCAGUGAACACCAUGAAGUGAACUUCACACCUGAGGAGGGGAUCUGUGCGCUGGAGGAAGUCAUCGUUCACUUGGAGAGUUAUGAUAUUACCACUAACGCUUGUCUGUUGUCUCUUUUAAAUCAGGCGCCGUCACCUAAAGCAGCCGCAGAGGACAGUGUGCGUCUGCUGAAAGAGCUUUAUCUGUUUGACGUGCUGAGAGCGGACAGAACCACAGCCGCACACGGGCUGGAGUUGAGAGUGCCUUUCCUGGACCAUAGGUUCACCGCAUACUACCUCUCUCUGCCUGAAGAGAUGAGAGUGCCUAAGGAUGGUGUGGAGAAGCAUCUCUUGAGGGAAGCGUUUAAAGGGUUGAACCUCAUCCCAGAUGAGAUACUCUGGAGGAGGAAGGAGGCCUUCAGUGACGGGAUGACAUCCAUUAAGAAAUCCUGGUACAGCAGCCUGCAGGAGCACAUCGAGUCUGAGGUGAAUGACUCUCAGUUGGAGAAGGCCAGUGUGCAGUUCCCUUCCAAUCCUCCCACAACCAAAGAGGGCUUCUUCAUAAGACAGAUCUUUGAGAAGCAUUACCCCGGCCGCUGCGAGUGGACGCCACAUUACUGGAUGCCCCGCUGGAUCAAGGCCACGGACCCCUCGGCCAGAACCCUGUCCAUCUACAAGCCCAAUAAAGACCAGUAAUCACAUCAAGCGUCAGACCUUACCUAGACCACACAUACCUGCCGGUUCAUUCGUUAUUGCCAUAAUAUAUUUUUUGCCUCGCCUUUCUCGGUUCAAUUUACUAAACUAUCUUUUAGGUUGGGUGUUUUAGUGUUUCCUAAAGGGGAUUGAGUUUAUUUUAGGUCACUUUUUUUUUAACGGUUGGCGUGAUACUGUAUCUUUAGCUCAUGCAAUAGAUUUCAAAAGAUAGAAAUGGAGGCGUUAUCUGCUCUUCAGGCCUUUAAGCUGCCUUGCUUACUCUAUUACACUCAUGUUUUCUUUUUCUUUUUAUGGAGCUUAAACAUAGCUGUAAACAAACCAAAACAGAAGUGGGUUAGCAUAGCUUGUUGGUUAUAAGAAUCCCUUAAAAAAAAUUGCACAGUAACUUGUUUCUUGUAAAGAAUGUUUGUUACCACAGUAAAAAUAUGAUAUCUUAAUAUUAAUUAAGUUCAAGUCAACAGCACAGAAAGCUUCUUACACGGUUUGAAGGAGAUUCCAUUUUCAGUUAACAUUUUACAUUAGUAACAAAUAAUAUAUACACUGCCAUUCAAAGG